UUUUAUUAUCGUACCCUUGUUUAACUACAUUUUUAUAUACCAUAUAUAUAUGUAUAUGAAUAGUUUCGUUUUAUAAUAAUUGUUUUGGCUGUAAAAAGAAUCAGAGAGAAUAAGAAUCUAUUUGGACGUGUACUUUGUUCAAAACUGCUUUUCAUUUCACCACCCAAUUGAGAUACAACAAAAAAAAAAUAUCAAGACCCAUUUUACAGAAAUCACAAAGUGAAGGGUUUGAUCAAUACCAAUACCAAUAUCAUACUAUUAACAUAAUGAGUGGCGGAAACCCAUGGGCCAAGAGAGAUGCUUGGAGAUACGAAGGACAAUUCACCAGAAUAAAUAGAUUUAAGAAUGCAUUCCCUGGUCUUGGAAUUGCUAUUGUUGCAUUCUCCGGUUAUUUAGCUUAUGAAAAGAUAUUCUUAACCAAAGAUAGUCAUCAUGAAGAACAUCAUUAGGAAACAUACUCAGUUUACUUUUGAAACGACAAUGAGUCAAUGGAUCUUAACGUUAUUUAUUGCAUUUAUUUCAUUCCACGUACUCCUACAACAAAUCAUUCAGAUUCAUUAGAAUUUUACGUAUCAAUUUUUUUUGCCCUUUAUGGGUUUUAUUCAUAUAUCUUAUCAAUUAUAAGACGAUUAACAUAAAAGUAGUUGGUUGAUCUUUAAAUAUUAUAUAGGUAUUUGUGUACAUUUUAAUUUACAAAAUAUAGAUUAUGCAAAGAAAGGUU